GAACCGGAUGUUGCUUGUCUAUUUGGUUAAAAGCAUAUGGCGUCGCCCUGUAAGUAACGUGAAGAUAAUCAAGUCGCUCACCUUGGACAGUAUUUGGUGUUUUAUUCGCUAAAGUAAAAGCCCCGGAGCUUUAAUGGCCCUCAGGGUGUGCGGGGUUUUGUUCAGGGAUGUGUCGGUCCUCUCCAGGCGGCUCAUCGUGUCGGCUCGGCAGGAGACUGCGUCAUGCUUUCUCACGGCGGGAAGUGCUGCCUGCAGCCGAGGCAGGAGGAACGGCCUCAGCUUCACUCCUGCUUGUUUUAUUUCAUCAGAAGCGUUUCUCAAAAGACUGAUCAAAAGCAARGUGGAAGCAGACGGCAGCACUGAUCACCUGCCAAACUCGGUUCCCACUGACAGCAGUAAGCAGUUGUCUUUGUUACUGAGAGACCCGGACCCGCCUCCAGAUUCAAAGGUUUUAAAAGUGGCUAUAAUCGGAGCUCCAAAUGCUGGAAAGUCCACWUUGUCCAAUCAGAUCCUUGGCAGAAAGGUGUUUGCAGUGUCCAAAAAGGUUCAUACAACACGUUCUCGCUCGCUGGCUGUCCUAACAGAGAACAACACUCAGAUUAUUUUACUGGACACCCCCGGUUUUGUCACUAAAGAAAAGGUCAAAAAACACAAGCUGGAGCAAUCUUUGCUUGUGGAUCCCUGGAACACUGUCAAAGAAGCUGACCUGAUUGUGGUCAUGGUGGACGUGUCGGACAAAUGGAUGAACACGAAGCUCGACUUUGAGGUGUUGAAGUGUUUGGCGGAGCACUCACACAUUCCAGCAAUCCUUGUCCUUAAUAAGGUGGACCUGUUGAAGAAAAAAGACCGGCUGCUGGAGAUCACAGCACAGCUGACGGCUGGAGUGGUGAACGGACGCAGAAUACAAGUCAGGCCAGUGAUCAAGCCUCCACAGGCUGAAAAAAUACCCGAAAAAAUAACCGAGUGGGACUCAGAGGCGUCCAUGGAUGAGGACCCUCCAGCAGCUGAGGACAGCAGGGAGUCGGCCUCUGCGCUCAGCAAAGAGAAGCUGAAGGAACUGAGGAGGCAGAAGGGCUGGUCUCACUUUAAGGACGUCUUCAUGCUGUCCUCUUUGGACAAGGAGGACGUGGAGACGCUGAAGAGCUAUUUUGAGGCUGCAGCUAAGCCAGAAGAGUGGGAGUACCACAGCGAGGUCCUCACAGACCAGAGUCCACAGGACGUCUGCACCAACAUCAUCAGAGAGAAGCUUCUGGAGUAUCUGCCUGAGGAGGUGCCCUAUUCUGUGCAACAGUCUAUCGAACUCUGGUGCGAUAGAGAGGAAGGGAAGCUGGAUAUUUCUGUGAAACUUCAUAUCAGCAAAGAAAAUCACAUGAAGAUGGUGAUCGGCUCGGGAGGCCAGAUGGUGAAUCGGAUCGCCAAAGAGGCGUGUGAGGACCUCUGCAAGCUCUACAUGAGGGAGGUGACGCUCAAGCUCGUCGCCACGCUGAAGAAGGGAGAAGACAAAGGAACUCGGAGGAAGUCAGCUUAGUGACGACGGUGAUGAGUUCUGCUGGGUCUGCAGUCUAAAACCUCAGAGUCCUCUCUAAGAGACGGACGUCGUGCUCCUAGAUAAUGACAUCAUCUCUCUUUAUACAGAUUUAUUUAACCGUCACGCAGAUAUUUUACCUACAGGCCCUAAAACGAGAGGGAGGGGGGGUCACAGACUUCAUGCAAACCACUAACUUAGAUGUUUUGACACGAGUUUGACGCUGUGUUCACGGCUGAGUGAGGAGAAGGCCCAGGUUUUAUCUUUGGCUCUCAGAAGCUUUUUCUUUUUUCUUUUUUCAAACAGACGUUGUAGAUAAACUGCACCGUCAUGUUCCCUCAGACGUGCCCGAUGUUCCUGUUCUCGUCCUCUCCCUUUGACGUGUGGCCAUCCGUCCCAGAGGACCCACCACCACCACCACCCCUCUGCUCUUUUGGCUCUCAUAAAGCCCAGCUCUGCCUCCGGGGGCUGUAUUGUCUCCCUAAUGGAUGGAGAAGUAAAGCACUAACCUGAUGCUAAAACGGGGACAGAUAAUCGUGAUUAGGUUCCCUCCUGCUGCUUGUGGCUUAAAUCAACGGUUACUCUGUUUGGUCUUCUUUAUGAAUAACCAGCCAGUGGCCUAAAAUAAGGGGGGGGGGGGGUCCACAGAGUUUCUCUUUGCCCCCUGUAGCUCUCUUUGCUCUAACAGCUUCUGUUGAGUGAUUGGACGAGCGCCAGAUCCUCUGCAGAGAAAACUGUGGCGUCCCUAAAACUCAAACCGACUGUUUUUAUAAAAAGAACAAGACACUCGUUUCAGAGAUGAUUCAUGAACUUUAUUUUAUUAAUUUUUUUCAUUAAAUUGAAACAACUCAGCAGUUUUGUUUUGUUUUUUAUUUCACUUGGUCCAUCGUGGUUUGGAUGAGAUCGAGCGAGGGCCGUAGAACCCUUACCAUUACUAAAACUCAGUAAUGGUAACGGUUUCACGGCCCACCUCAGCAGCUCGAUGGGCCUCUGGUCGGGGUCCGAUCCGAUGGCGCCGGAGGUGGAAUGACCCCCUGGAUAGUACAUCAUCUAUACUGUAGUGUCUCUUUAAAAAACUUACAGUAUAAGAUGAUAUCCUGUCCAGGGCACAAGACACAACGGAGAGCAGCCGCUUCCUGCCGGGUUCAGAACCUGUGAGGAGGAACAGAGAUAAGUUACUCAGAUUAAGAAUCAUUUGUAAAAUAAUGAAGCAUCAGUUCUGUAAGGUUGGACCUCCUCACCUCGAUGUUCUCGUYGCACCGUGUUGGUUUACGACUGCCCCGACUGUCGGACCCCGACACUUAAAGACCCCCCCACGCUGCUCAUUAGCAUGCCGUGAUGACAUCUGGGCUGGACCACAGAGUACUUUUUUUUUUCUUUUUUUCUUCUUAUCUGCUCUCAACCUGGUUGCCUGAGUGGGCCGGUGGUCCACACCCACCCACACUGCCGUUUAGAAAGAAGUGUGUGUGUUUUAGAAAACUUUACUUUGACCAUUACUGGAACUAAAUUAAAAAGUUUCUCCCUUUGCCUGA